AUGGCAAUGCCUCAUAUGGGUAAUGCUGCGAGAGCAAGCCGCCGGUUGCUAACUAGAAAACCAGCCGCCCUCCUGAACUCUUCUGGCUUCGACCAUCCGCGAUGCGCCCCGCGCGGGCUACGAAUGGCCAGCACGGUCACGAACAAUGGGCGCAAGAAAGAACGUGUGGUAAUAUUAGGAUCUGGUUGGGCCGGGUACGGUUGUCUACGGGCCCUCGAUCCGAAUAAAUAUGAGCGCAUCAUGAUAUCACCUCGCUCUUACUUCGUCUUCACGCCGCUAUUAGCGGGUACGGCAGUUGGAACUUUGGAAUUUCGCGCCGUGCUCGAGCCGGUCAGGAGACUUGGUCUGGAUAAGUUUCAUCAGGGAUGGGCCGACGAUAUUGAUUUCGCGAAAAAGGUCAUUCGCGUAGAGGCGAAUAUAACAGACGAUCUUGCCUCGAGGACACGACUUGUCAUGAAACAUCGACUCGAUAAAAACAGAGUGAAAGGGGACAUGUUCGAUGUCGAAUACGAUAAGCUGAUCAUCGCAGUAGGCUCAUACAGCCAGACCUUUGGCAUAGAAGGAGUGCGCGAGCACGCCAACUUCCUAAGGGAUGUCGGUGAUGCUCGUAAGAUCCGUUUGAAGAUCCUCCAGAGUUUCGAGAAAGCCGCGCUACCAAUCACGACCGACGAAGAGCGGAAGAAGCUCUUACAUUUCGCCAUCGUGGGAGGUGGCCCUACCGGCAUUGAGUUUGCUGCCGAGCUUCACGACUUGAUACGCGAUGAUCUCAAGAAGACGUAUCCGGAGCUGAUGAAAUUCGUUAACAUUACCGUUUACGAUGUUGCGCCCAAGGUACUUCCAAUGUUCGACAAGACUUUGGCGGAUUAUGCCAUGGACCGGUUCGCCAGAGAGGGUAUCAAUGUUAAGACGGAACACCACCUAACGCGUAUCCGGCCCGACGAGGAGUGCGAAGGCUGUUUGAAAUUGAAGAUCAAGGAGUAUGGCGACGAAGAGGUCGGCGCUGGUAUCGUCGUAUGGAGUACUGGACUAAUGCAAAAUCCCUUGAUCCAGAAGCUCGAGGCCGGGAGCUUCACAUUACCCGGUUCGGAUACUGAGAUGCAGUUACAUCGAAACGCCAGGACAGGCGGCAUCAUCACAGAUGUACACGGGCUUCGCGUUAACAUAAUCCCCCGCGACGCAGCUUCGGAGCCGGCGGAAGUCCAACAAAAAAAGGCCACAGUGCUGCCCGACGUAUUCGCCAUUGGUGACUGCACGAUGAUCUCGGGGCUCAACCUGCCCGCCACCGCGCAGGUCGCCAGUCAGCAAGCAGCGUAUCUCGCGAAGCGGCUGAACAAGGACGAUAUGGACCAGAAGCCGUUUACGUUCAAGAACCUAGGCACCAUGACUUACCUCGGCAACUGGACAGCCAUCCACCAGAGUAACUUAGACGAGAUGAAGGGCUGGAUGGCCUGGGUCCUCUGGCGCACGGCAUAUCUGACUAGGAGCAUGAGCAUACGGAAUAAGAUCACCGUACCGUUCUACUGGGCCAUCUCGUGGAUAUUCGGGAGGGAUAUCUCCAGAUUUUAA